AUGUACAGUGCAAUUACCUUCGCCGAGGCCCAUCUCCAGAGUCUCGUCAGUUCCUUGGGCAGACGGCGGGAUUCCCGCUUGCGGGACUCGCCUUACGUUAAGGAUCCGAUGUGCCACGAGACACUCCAGGACAUUUUACGUUUUCUUCGGCACGACCAGUCGCACGAGAGGCCGGUCGCUUUUCUCUUACAUUCAUGGGACUUUCUUCAGACCCAUCUCCUCCCGUUGGUGCUUACUUACCAUGGUUCUGAAAGUUUGAUUCUUGAUUCUGUCAAGUUACUGGUCUUCCUGACUUUGCCUGCUGACGCCAGCGCAAAGAACGUCUCAGAACAGCGACGUUAUCUUUCUCACACGCUCGAAAACCUUUUACAAAGACGAGAAAUUUUCCCAAUAUUAUUUUCUUGCCUCCGCGGACCUCUUGAACGACUUGAGAGCAGCAACCUUCGACUCAAAGAUGACGACGGAAAGACCAUUCAACUAUUCCUGACAUUCAUACGAAACUGCCUCUUAACUGACGAGAGGCACAGACUGUGCACGGACGUAAAAUUCACAUGCCAUGUUAAGGAAAGGAUUAUUCAGAUGCUUUUCGAAACCCACGUGAUUGAUGUGCUGAUCCAAGUCGCAAAGGAUGUCAGAAAGAAACAACUCUCUGAUGACAGUGCUUUGCUUACCGAAAUCUUCCAUUUGAUCUUCCAAUCUUGCACUCCACGUCAACUGUUGCGUGGUUUUGAUGGCUUGGGCUUGAAGGAGAAUCAAAGUGGCCAACGUGACACCUUCGGGAGCGUGCGUCGUUUAUCAGUGCGUCAUAGUCACUUCGGUGGACGAAAUUCAACUUCAAAUGCUUCACCGUCUAUCACGAAUCGUCCUGUGGCGACGUCAAGACAAUACUUCGGAGAGAACAUUUCGUUGGACGAGUCAAGUGUGACUCCCAUUCAAGCCACUACUCUCGAAAGAUUGGUUGAACUUGCUAGAACGCUUGUGAAGGGCGCUCUCAAUGAAGUUUUGUUGGCUUCGUGGAUUUCCAUCAGACAUCGGCAGCAACUUGAAACUGAGAGUGAAGAAAAGGCGCUGCGAGUAAAAAGUUUCCUCUGUCUCUCAUAUUUUUUUGUUUCAUAUACACAAAUCAGCUGCGAAGUUAAUGAGAUGGACGCGCCGAACAGCGCGGGAAUUUCAAAUCUUUUUGACAAAGAGGUAUUCGCCUGGCUCCAAACGACCUGGGCAGAACAUGAGCAGACGAAGAAUGUUUGGGGCGUGGUGCUUGUAUCUGGUUUGGUCAAGGAAAUGUUCGCUAUGAUGACGACAAUCAUGUCAAGGGGAGUGCAAUAUGAUCGAUUUGCAUGUGAGGCAGUACUAUCUGAAAUCUUCGUGAAAUCAAACAGCGACGAUCUCCUGCAGCGUGCUAGCUCAGUCGUCAGAUCGUACCGAACAGGCGAAGCGCCUCUGAUAUAUCUCGCAAACGCUACGGAAGUCAUGCACCUGGGAUACGGCUUAAAACGUCUGAUCGAUCCACGUUUCGUCAUCAAUCUGAAAGAUAUUUUCUAUGAAAAGACUAUUUCUAACCACAUAAGACUUUUGGCGUUUACGAACCUUAAUUCGAAGAGACUAAACGUCAUGCUGUUAAACUACGUCGAUGAAAUCAUGGAACGCGGGAUGGAAAACACGUUGCAUGACGUGAGCAGCUUGGAAACUCUCUUUGCAGCAGCAGGGAACAACGAAAUUUCGGCUUUUCUUGUGCCUAAAGGCGGGAUCUCUGCAGCUAUUGUGAAUUUCAUGAACGGCAUAUACAUGGAUGAACGCGGCGAACACAUGGACUACAAGAGAAGUAAGUUCCUCGGCACUGUCUGCUAGUAA